GUCAAACACAAAUACAAAAUGGCGAAGUAAAUGUUUUCGUUUCUCGCCAAAAUGACUAUUUUAACAUUGUUAAAAUUUUGAUUAUACAAAGACUUUUCAGUGAGUUUAACGAACGCCUUUGAUAUCUCUGCUAAUUUCGUUAAUUUUAUUAUAAUAAACAAUUGAGCUCUGUCUUAAAUAUCUAUUUUCUGUAGCAAAAUGGGGGAUGGAGACGAAUCAUCAGAUUUGGUUGAACGUGUUGAACAUGUUGAUAGUCAUAAGAGUGAAGAUGAAUUGGAAAAUGCCUUCAAGAAAUUAGACGUAAUUCCUUCCUUGGAACGAAAACGCCUUAUCCACUUUCCGAAAUUCCAACCUAGGCGAAAGUCGACAGAAAUCGGUGCUAAAAGUUCUGUACAGGAAGAGGAAAACCAAGACCAAAAUGAAGCAGAAAGUCGAGGAAUGAAGAGGAUGCUUAGCAGCCAAUCUCUGGAAGAAAGAAAUGUUAAGCCUUGUUCUUGUUCUGCUCAGGCCAGAAAAGAAGAUGAAUUAACUGUGGAAGACUUAGCUGGAUAUUUUGAUGAUUAUGUUUAUAUACCUAAAAAGAUGUCUGAUAUGGCAGAGAUGAUGUACACUUGA